AUGUCCGGCGACGAGACGUCAGUGCCCGUUCCCUCUACAUCGCACGUCGCCGUUAAACUUCCAACCUUUUGGCCACGAAAUGUCGAGCUUUGGAUUGCACGUUGCGAAGCUGAAUUCGAAGCAUGCAACAUCACUCGUCAAGAGACCAUGUUUAAUCACUUGCAGCGUUGUCUUCCUGACGAGUAUGCGGAGGAACUCUGCGACCUCCUCAUCCACCGCCCUGUAGAACAACCUUACGACAAGUUGAAAGAGGCUCUGGUAAAGCGCGUAGCCAUGACAGAGGAGCGCCGACUAAGACAACUUCUCACUGACGAAGAGCUCGGGGACCGAAAACCUUCUCAACUACUGAGAAGAAUGCAGCAGCUUGUUGGCGAACGCAAGUUCGAAACCUCCAUCCUUCGCCAACUUUUCCUUCAGCGCCUCCCACUCGACGUCCAGACAGUGUUGGCUGUUUCUCAAGGAAGCAUGGAAGAAUUGGCAGAGCUUGCUGACAAGGUUAUGGCAUUGAGAGUCGCAGAGACUCAUUCAGUAAGUCACACCGCCAACUCUAUUUCUCAUGAAUAUGAUCAGCGCCUUGAUCGACUCGAGCAAUUGGUCAUGAAACUGACAACUCAACUCAGUGCAGUUGCUUCAGGAGAUCCGAGACGAUCACGAGACCGUCGACGGAGUUCCUCACGUUCCUGUAAUCGUCGCCAGCAGUCUUCAAGUGGAAUGUGCUGGUAUCACCAGAAUUUUGGACAAGCAGCACGACGAUGUCUGCCGCCAUGUUCAUUUAAGCCACCUCUCAAGGCCUCGGGAAACGAUCCCGCCCGGCAGUAG